AUGGAUAAUAAGAGUGUAGCAUUCAAACAAGUUUCCGAAAGAACCAAAGUUGCCCUGAAGAAAGAUGUUUUUGCAUCACCUUCCUUUGAACUACCUUUAGAAGCUUUUGCAGUACCUCUCCCAGCAGAAACAGAAGAUGAAGGUCUCCUAAUGUCAGAGAACAUGAUUGAGAGAAAGCCUAACUAUGAGCAAAAAGAGUUGAAGAAACAGUCUAACAGAGAACAGGACGAGGCAGCAGAACAUACCUUGUACAACCAAUAUGAGGAAAAGAUCCGCCCCUGCAUUGAUCUCAUCGACAGCCUACGAGCUCUUGGAAUAGAGAAAGACCUUGCUUUGCCCGCGAUCGCAGUGAUCGGAGACCAGAGCUCUGGGAAAAGCUCUGUCCUAGAAGCCCUGUCUGGUAUUGCUCUUCCUAGGGGCAAUGGUAUUGUUACUCGAUGUCCCUUGGAACUUAAACUGAAAAGAAUACCUGCCAUCCAGGCAUGGAAAGGGAAAAUUUCUUACCGCAACACCAGCAGAGAGCUCCAGGAUGCCUCUGAGGUGGAGAAAGCCAUAAGAGAAGCUCAGGAUGUUGUGGCCGGUACUAGAGGUGCCAUUAGCGGAGAACUAAUUUCCCUAGAAAUUAGGUCUCCAGAUGUCCCAGAUCUGACACUAAUUGAUCUUCCUGGAAUUGCCAGAGUGGCUGUGGGGGAUCAGCCAAAAGACAUUGGGGAGCAGAUCAAAACACUACUUAAAAAAAUUAUUUGCUGCAAAGAAACACUCAAUUUGGUAGUGGUGCCAUGUAAUGUGGAUAUUGCAACAACAGAAGCACUGAAAAUGGCUCAAGAGGUGGACCCCACUGGAGAAAGGACACUAGGGAUCCUUACAAAACCUGACCUGGUGGAUAGAGGAACUGAAGAGGCCAUUAUUAACAUAAUGCGAAACAUGGUCAUCCCCCUCAAAAAAGGUUACAUGAUUGUGAAGUGCCGUGGGCAGCAGGACAUCCACAACAAACUGGCCUUGGCCACUGCAAUCCAGCAAGAGAGAAAAUUCUUCAAGACUCACAAACAUUUCAGCAUUCUUAUGGAAGAAGGAAGGGCUACUAUCCCUCAUCUGGCAGAGAAGCUCACAAAUGAACUUGUGAAACAUAUUAUUAAAAAUUUGCCAACACUACAGAACCAAAUACGUGAGGUGCUCCAAAAAACGUUACAGGACCUACAAAAGUAUAGAAGAGGCACACCCAGAACAGAGUCUGACAAGCUGAUUUUCCUCACAGAUCUGAUCAAACUCUUUAAUCAAGACAUUGCUCAGACAAUACGUGGAGAGGAACAGUUGUUUGGAAAUGAAACCAGACUGUAUACAAAAAUCCGCAGAGAGUUUCGAAGAUGGGAAGUGAUUCUCCUGGAGUGUGUUGCAAAGGUUAAAAAAACCGUACCCAGUAAAGUGUGGAAAUAUGAAGACCAGUAUCGUGGACGGGAGUUCCCAGGCUUUGCCAAUUACAGGACAUUUGAGGAUAUUAUCAAAGAGCAAAUCAUAGAACUGGAGGAGCCAGCCGUGGACGUACUGAACAACGUGAUUGGAUUUGUUGAAGAUAAAUUCAUGGAACUCACUACAAAGCAUUUUUCUAAUUUUCAGAAUCUAAACAGAGCUGCUAAGACCAGAAUUGAAGCCAUUAGAGAGAAACAAGCAGUGGAGGCUGAAAGACAUAUCCGGACUCAGUUUAAGAUGGAGAGAAUUGUGUACUGCCAGGAUAACCUUUACAUUAACGAUUUAGAAUCUGUUAAGGCAGAAAAUGCUUGUUUCCGCUUGGAUCUGUUUCGAAUCAAGACCUCCUUUGUCCAGGAAAUGGUUUCUCACACAAAGGCCUAUUUCAACGGAGCAAGUAAACGCCUCUCCAAUCAGAUACCCCUGAUCAUCCUGUCUUCUGCCCUUCAUGACUUCGGGGAUAGCUUACAGACCAGAAUGCUGCACCUUUUGCAAGAAAAAGAAAAGUUAAGCCAUCUCCUUCAGGAGGACAGCGAAGCUGCUAAACAUAGGAACUAUCUCAAUGAACAAGUUAAUCGUCUGAGCAAGGCCUGUCAGUACCUGAGAGACUUCACCUUGCUCUAG